CGCAUAAUCAGAAAACCUAUUCGCGCUGCGCAGCUGUUCCAAAGACAGGGCUGUUAUUGUGGACAUGUGGCUGCAGAGCGUUGCCACCUGGCCAUCGAUGGUUUUGCCGAUUCGAUUCCAAAUUAAUUUAAUUUUAAUCUUUAAUUUAAUCAAUGACAACAAUGGAGGAUGAAGCCUGGCGGGAUCUCAUUGGCAUAAGUGCAGACCCGCCCGACGGACGCGACAAGUGCGAACAGUGCAAGCGACCCGCUGUUGUCUGCUGGUGCUCCGCCUUACCGCAGCCACCGCUGUUGGUGGCUUCGCAAAUUGUGAUACUACAGCACCCUGCCGAAGAGAAGCGUUCCCUUCGCACUGCCCUGAUGCUCCAGCUGGGCCUGGAGCCGGGAAAAUGCGUUGUCUACAAGGGCAAACGAUUUCCCAAUAACAAAAACUAUGCGGAACUGCAGCAAAUCUUCGAUUCGCCGCAGACGCUGGUUCUGUAUCCUAGUAAAGAUUCUGUGCCUUUGGAGGAGAUCGAUCGCAGUGCCGGUCCAUACACUCUGGUGCUCAUCGAUGGAACCUGGCCGCAGGCAAAGGCCAUCUACGCCAGCAGUCCCGCCCUUCAUCGCCUGCGUCAGGUGAAACUCAUAUCUGUGGGCAUCAGCGACUAUAUCAUUCGCACCCAGCCCACGGAAGGUUGUCUGAGCACUCUGGAGACGGCAGCCCAAUGUCUGGCCGUGCUGGAAUCCCAGCCAGAGCUGCGAAAGAUACUGGUGCGCCCGUUGCACGCCCUGUGCAAAUACCAGCUUGACAAUGGCGCCGUCGAGCAUCAGUCGAAGGAGUUCCUGAUGAAGACAAAUCAAUAUCCCAAGCCCAUUGGCAAGAGAUUGAGUCGCCUGCUUAAUCAAACCGUGUGCGGACCCGCGGAAGAGGAAACGUGAUAGAGAGAAGGACACUAAACAGUGUAGUUUAUGCUUUUUACAUAGUUUUAUAGCGAACUCUGUGCACGGCCAUAGCAAUAUUUAGCCAUUUAAUACAAAUAAUUUGUAAUUUUGUACCCAAAAUUUGAGUAGUUUACACAACUGGAAUGUUCCUGGCAUCUGUGAGGGAGCGCAGGACAACGCACUUGAUAAUGGCAAAGCCUCUCUCACAGGCAUUCGCUUCUUCCUCUACGGGAAUUCAAGUUUUUGAAUGUAUUUGGAACAGUAUAUUCUGCGUGGGAUUACUUACUGCCCUCUUUCUCGCAGGCUUCGAUGGAAUCGCCAGUGGCUGGCCAAACAUAUUUGCGCACAAGAUCCGCAUUUAGUUUGUAGUUAUCCAUUAAGCCGGAUUUUUCAAAGAAGCAAUGGAAAUAGCACUAGAAAUAUGGCAGCCAAUAGAAUCUGGUAUCAGAAGGUGCUCUUUGAUUACCCCUUACCAUGCUCGUUUUAUCCUUAUCAUCCGGCAGAGCUCCUGUGGUAUUGAACUGCAGGACACUCGCUGAAAGAGUCGAUAGUUUAAUACCCUAAAUAGUGAUCCUUUCCUCCCCUGACUCACACAUUGGUGUGAUAAAACUUGCAUUGCAGUUCCGCGUAACUUCAUCGAAAUCCACAUAACCAGCUGCCCUGGGUGCUGGUGUCGUCGUGGAUAUAUCAUCUACAUCGCCAUCGAAGCUGUCAUAGUUAAUAAUGAAUAUAUCGCCAGUAUCCUUGGCAUGAUCCUGCAGCGCCUUUAUAGUGCACAAACCGAGGCUCAGCAGAGCAACGACCGCCAACGUUUUGAACAGUAUGGAAAGCAUUUCGCACUUAAAUGAUUUCUGGUUUGGUUUUUGGCUUGGGGAUUGUUGCCCUUUUAUAGGAAAUACUUUGAUGGCUUGGAACAUGCAAUGCAUGGAAUAAUAUUUGCGGAAAUUGGCCAACAAUUUAAACACACAAAAGAAACACAUUUCACCCCCAUAGAUUGAUCAAUUAGAGAUCACUUUUAUGAAUGAUAUAUUGUGUGAUCUACUGUAUGAAUCUCUUACCAUAUGUAAUCAAAUUCUCAUCCGCACAUUGCACUCGGAUCGAUUUGAAAAAUGCAUGCAUUUCCUGCUGCUUUUCCGGAUCAUCGAGCACGAUGUCCUGGCCAAAAACCAGCAACAAAGAUACAAAACUAAACACAAAAAUAGCACGAAACAUUUUUUCGACUGCAAUCCAGUGUAACUCUGACUGGUCUGGGGGACAUACGAAACCCUUUUAUAUGAUCUUUCGAUACGUGAUCAAAAUCAUGUGAUAAAUGCUUUCCAAUUGAUGAGAGAUCAUUAGGAUAAAUUAAACUAAAUAGUUGUUGCACUUUAAUCGAACAAUAAAUACAUGCAUUAU